CUGUGAAUGGAAAGAAAGUUCUUCACAUGGACCGACAGAAGUACUAUGGUGGGGAGAGUGCAUCAAUCACCCCCCUGAAUGAUGUAUGUGGAUCAUUGAUUUUUGUUGACAAAUUUUCACCUUGACAGGAUGCUUUGUUUUGCCUUUUUUGUGUCAUGGAGGUUAUUAAAAUUGCAGCCCGGAAAGUUUUCCCGCGUUGAUUUGUUUUGGAUGGCUUGAUAGUGAAAACCAGUAUUGUUCAAAGUAAUUUUUUUAUCUCAUGUACAGUGUAGUAGGAUGUCGAUCAAGGUAGUACAUCACUGGAUGAUUGCACCAGCUAAAGACCCAGAAAUUAGCUUCCUUUUUUUCAGUCAAUUGACAUCAUUGAAAUAAUUUUGGUGCUUACACUGUACAUGUAGUGUUAUUACAGUGUACAUGUAGUCAUAUAAAAAAUGCUCAUUUGUUGUCGUUGUUUUGAAUUUUAGUUCUUCACAUUGUUUGGGAAGACACUAGAUGAUGAAAACAAGUAUGGAAGGCCUAGAGACUGGAAUGUUGAUCUUAUUCCCAAAUUUUUGAUGGCUGGAGGUAAGUUUAGAUUUACGUAAGUCAGUAGAAGAGAGUCACGUCCAGUAUAAUUCCUUAAAGCUCCACAGAUGACAAGAACUGGGAUUUUACAGCUUUUAAACUCAUUGCCAGUUGAUGAGCUUGGGAACUGGUGCCUAAAAGGUUAGCGGAGUGGGGGGGGGGGGGGGGGGGCAAAUGCGAAAAAUAAGGCAAGGAGGUAACCAGGCAACCCUGGAAGUUGGAACCACCCCUGCAAGCGGCCACUAACUGGCACCAUCACACUGAGAAAAACCUCAGUGGAAGAGAUACUUACCAUGUGAAGUACUUACCUGCGCACCCACACAUGACAGCAGGGAGAGAGGAGAGGGAGCAAGAAUCUGCAAAGAUUCGCCAACACAAAGCUUAAAGAUGAUCUGCAAUGAUCAGCGAGAGUAGCUUGCAAAAUAAUGCUAAAGGAUAGCGGCUCUGAAAACCUGAAAUGGGCUGCCCCGCACGUCAUGCAUGCUAAUACGGGGACACCACUGGCAGCAUUGGCUCGAGAUUAACUUAGCCUAAAUAAAAAUUUAGCCACAUAAAAAAUCAGUAGAUUUGAUGCAAGCUGCUGCUAAAAUACACUAGAAAAUAAAGUCACAACAACUAUUUCAUGUAGAAAUCACUGAGACAGUCCAGGGAAUCCCAGAACUGGAGAGAGUUUACCAAAGGAGCUAGGGUCCUUUCGUACAUAUAAUGUACGAUGGCUGCUUAAAGGGUUAAGCAAAAAUAAAAAUAGCCUAAAUAAAAGUUUAGCCACAUAAAAAAUCAGUAGAUUUGAUGCAAGCUGCCACUAAAAUACACUAGAAAAUAAAGUCACAGCAACUAAUUUUCAUGUAGAAAGCACUGAAACAGUCCGGGGAAUCCCAGAACUGGAGAGGAGUGGUGACUAUGCCAUAUGUCCAUUCAUUCAUGGAGAAAAUACAACGCAUAUUCACCAAACACAGGGUAGCCACUGUGAUUAAACCUCAAACCACCGUCAGACAGGUUUUAGUUCACCCGAAGGACAAAGUUGAGAAGCACAAAAAGUCUGGAGUGGUGUACAAAAUUCCAUGCAGCCAAUGCGAAAAGGUAUAUAUCAGUGAAACAGGGAGACAGCUGGGAACCAGGAUCACAGAACACAGAAAGGAAACAGAAAAGAUCUCUGACAGAAAUUUCACAAGAUCCACCCGCAGAGCUUCUACCAAUGAACACCAUAAAUCAGCCAUAACAGACCACGUCUGUCAGAACAAUCAUAUUAUGAAUUGGGAAGCAAGUGAAAUAGUUGAGCAGGAAAGCGACAAGUUUAAGCGAUGGAUUAAGGAAUGCUCAUGUAUUAGAUCGAACACUCCUACUAUGAACAGGGACGAGGGAGCCUAUCAGCUUUCUCCCAUAUGGACACAAGUGAUCUCCACCCCCAAACCAGGGGGGAGGGGGCGUCUACAGAGUGACUUUGCGCGUUUAUCACGAUAAUUAACACCUCCAGAAGCCCAUUUAAGGCUUCUGACACUUUUCAUGUUUUUCAAGUUUUGAUAAAGAUGGCUGACAGUCAUCGAAACUGUCAGCAUCAAUAAGACGUUAAUACUGGCUAUGAUUUAAGAACAUUUAAAUCAACGAUUUUUAGCACCUUUCCAACGAGUUUUGCCCAUGCAUGAUUGUGGUUUGUCUUUGUUAUAUAAACCCUCCAUUAGACAGUUUUAUUUGUCAGCCAAAUUUCAAGGCACUGUAAUAUUGUCGUGUUGCGCUGGCUUGUUUUUGUUGAUUGAUAUGGUAUUACUUGCAACCUUGGCUGAUAUAUAAUAAUCAGGUGCAUGUGGCAUUCCACUGCCUAUAAACCAUUCCAUUAGCCGUAGGGAAAUAUUGCUUCUGCGUGCAGAUGGUCUGUUUGGAUCUGCUUUAGUGGGAUUGCUUAUAAUUAUGACGAUAUGAACAGGCAUCUAAAACAGUUUCGCUCCACACUAACUCUGGAUCUAGAGGUCUGGGGUUCAAGCGUCGCCCAACGUGUUGUUUCCUUUUCCUUAGACAAGGAACUCUUUUUUUUUACUCCACUUUGCCUCUCUUCACCCAGGUGUAUAAAUGUGUACUGGCGACAUACUCCUGUGAGGUAACCCUGUAAUGAACUAGCACCCUUCUAUCGUGAGGGGGGGAGUAGCAAGGAAAUGCUAACCAUGGCCGUUUGGACUUUUGGUGUGUGCCUUUAUCUUUACCCUUUUUUUACUUCAAGAUUAUGGAGUAUAGGCUUCAUUUUUUUUUCUUUAUUUUUUUCUUUUGUUGUAUUAGAAAUUUAUAUUGAAUAUUAUAAGAGGGGUACCCAAUAAAGCUGUGGAAAAAAAAGAAAAAAAAUCUGCUUCAGCUGUUGGUUGACAAUUUUUUUUGUGUUACUUCUGUUUUAGUUUCAAGAACAAUGUAAGAAGAAAUCUGAAGCCAUUGUGCAAAAGCUUCAAAAGCUUGUAGCUUCACCGCUACAAGCUCUGCUAGUACAAAAACUGAAGAGGCUGCCGCCGCUUUGAAGGAUGAUACUAAUGAGAAUUCUAAAUUAUGGAGUAGUGUGAGCACUAGGAAAUGAGUAGGUAUUGCAAAGCAAUUUUAUUUUUUAUUUAUGCCUGUUUAUUAACAUCUUUCCUGUAACUACCAGGAAAAGUGGAAUUGAGUAAACUGUAGAAAAUACUUCUCAAAUAAUUAUUAUGAAUAAUUCAUCAAAGGAAACAAAAAAGAAAGUCACAAACGUAAAAGUAAGGCUAUAAAAUAAAAGUUAUCAUGAAAAUUGAGCAAAAUGUAGAAUAUGUACAAUAUCUGCAUAAAAUCCUCUAGUGUGACCAUUCAAAUGAAAGCUACUGAGCAGUACUUUCCUGUGGUACUGUUUAUAAUGCUGUACAGUGUGGUUCUAACUUUUGAGUGUGGCUGAAAUCUUGAAUUGUAACCAUUCAAAGGAAAGCUUUUUUUCAGUACUUUCCUGUGGUACUGUUUAUUAUGGUGUACAAGGUGGUUUUAACUUUUUGAGCCUGUGGAUGAAAUGAUUCAGUGUUUUGAAUGUUCAUACUUAUAGGUGCAAAAAUAGCGUCCAAGACCUUGACCAUAAUAAACAGUACCACAGGAAAGAACUGCUCAUGAGUAGCUUUCAUUUGAAUAGUCAGACCUUAGCAUUUCAACCACGAUCUCAAAAGCUAGAACCACCUUGUACAGCGUAAUAAACAGUACCACAGGAAAGAACUGCUCAGUAGCUUUCAUUUGAAUAGUCAGACCUUGGGAUUUCAUCCACGAUCUCAAAAGUUAGAACCACCUUGUACAGCAUAAUCAACAGUACCACAGGAAAGAACUGCUCAGUAGCUUUUAUUUUGAGUGGUCACACUGCAGGAUUUUAUCCACAGACUUAAGGACACUGUGUAAAAAUUUGCUGAAAGCAAACUCAAUGCAUCUCGUUUCCUUUCCUUGAACGCACUUUUCAAUGCUAGAACAAAGCAAUGAAGCAUACUACAUUGUGUUCGAUUUGAUGUUGUUGUUAUUCAUUUUUUUUUCGGUGGUUGUUGUUAGGCUUAAUUCAUUAUCCAUCCUCACAAAAGCGUCUCUGGACAAGGCUAAAGACAACACUCAGCAGAUUAACAAGUAAGGCUUGCUAUAUUAUGAAAGUUGUUCAAUUUGCCAAUCACAGCUGUCUGUUUUUCUUCCUAUGUAGUUUUUCAUUGUUCAUUAAUUUAUUCAUUUAUCAUCUCUUUUUCUUUAGUGUGAUUACGGGUUUUAUAAACCUUUACUCGUCAAUCAAUGAUCAUCUGGCGAAAAAAGCUAAAGAGUAAGUGUACACUUCUGAUCUUCACUCUGACAUGACUUUUACAAAUUAACGAAAAAUUAAAUUUCCCAUUAUUUGCCCUAGUCAGUAUUUUAGCGCUAAGGCUAGUGGGGCCGAGCAAAUGCCUGAAAACAAAUAAUUCAAAUGAAUGUAAACAGGGCUAAGAAUCCCAACUGGCCGUAGACAAACCAGCUGUCUAUUUACAAGCAUGGUCGAGGAUUUGAACUUGGGACAACCGAGAACAAAUCCAGCUAGUGGUCAGAGCGGGACUUAAACUCGGGGCUUCCGAAUUACAAGUCCAGCAGAGCUCUAACCGCUCGGCCAUGCUGCCUCCCUGACAAGGAGAAAAGACAAAGUCCGCGAGAGAAAGUACAUGUGUUUCCUGAACCUUUUUUUGUUUUAUAAAUCUCUUUGUAGUGGCAUAUUCAUCUUGUCAAGUCAAUUGAUAAAACUCGAUAUGUUUUACUACCCACCUAAACAGCUUUUUAAACUACCGUAAAAUUCCGAAAAUAAGCCCCGGGGCUUAUAUUUUUCAAAGGCCCUUUUUGAGGGGCUUAUUUUUGGAGGGGCUUAUAUUCGGAGGGGCUGAUCUACGGAGGGAAAUUUGCGUUUCAAAGUGGAUUGUGCUAGCCUUAUAUUUGGAAUAAAUUUACCGUUUUUGCUUUGUUUUCCUUUGUAUUUGAGGGCAAUUUUCCAAGUACAAGUGCCCGGGGGGCUUAUAUUUGGAGGGGCGAUUUAACGGAGGGUUUUUUGCGUUACCGGUUUGGGGGGCUUAUAUUUGGAGGGGCUUAUACAUGGAGGGGCUUAUUUUCGGAAUUUUACAGUAACCCGUUUAUUUUUCGUAAGAAUUCAUCUUUUCCGACGUAGAAUUUCUAGUGCACAAUAAGUCAGAGUUUUACGACAAAAGAUGGUUUAAUUGAACCAAAUUUAAGUGGGUUUUAAUUUUUGUUCAACAGACUGGAGGAAACAAUGACCGGGGAGUCGCAAAACUAGCGGCAGUUGGGGAAACGCCAGACGCAGCCCUGAUGGGCCAAUGCUGGCAUUCCAGUUUCCUGUCAUGGAAUCGCCUCCGAGCCAGUGACCCUCACUCAGUCCCGCUACAGGCCAACCAUGCUGUUCACAAUCACAGACUAUCCAGCUUAUGAGUUGAUCCUCAACUCAACAGUUGAAAACUGUUGGCGUGAACAGCAUGAACAAUGAAGAGCAUUAUGGGAAUACUCCUGCUCUGAUCAGAGGCCUGGGACUGACUGGUUCCCAGACUUCAAAUGUGGUCCUGUCUAUUCAACUUUUCAAGUUUAGGGACCGUUCAUUUUUUAUGGGGUAGUGGGGCUGGUGGGAUUUGAAGAAAAGC